AUGGACGCCCUGACAAACUCUAUCUUAAAUAUAGAUGGAAGCCAAGUGCAUGUGAAUUGCCCAGUAGUACCCCAGCCAAACUACACACUUGAAAGGAUACAAGAUCUUUCCACUUUUAGCUUACCGGAAUAUAAUGUUUCUGUGAUGUUAUCUCGCAAUGCGUUUCUAGUUGAUCUUGUGAAAGAGAAGAUAGGAAGAGUUCUAAAGUUGGACUCCAUCGAAAAUGGUGAUGCGUGGAAAGGGGUUGACAUGCUCAUCUUCAAUACUUGGCAUUGGUGGCUCCAUAAAGGAAGCAAACAAUCAUGGGAUUACGUACAAAAAGGAGACAAAAUGUAUAAAGACAUGGAUCGUUUGGCAGCUUUUAAGGAAGGACUAACGACGUGGUCGAAGUGGAUAGACUCCAACGUUCAUCCUACCAAAACCCAAGUGUUCUUUCAGGGCAUCUCUCCAACCCAUUAUAAGUAA